GGAGCGCGUGCAGCUAGAGACCAAAUACAAUAGAUCAAACCAAAUACAGAAAUCCAAAUAAGACUUUAUAACUCUGCUGGCCUUUUACACGGUCUUGUCGUUUCUAUGUAUCAUCAUUUACUGUGGUGUUUUAAAUUUAAAAGCGAAUACCAAAGCUAAGGCCGGCCGGGGAUGCUACAGGAGUAGGCUAGUGACUGUUCUCAUGCCUUUUCACACCUAUAGGAAACAUUACUGGUGAGGAGUGAGAGGAAAAAUAAGCUCCCGGGCCUUUAUGUUUACUCAAGGAGAACGCUUUAGCAGCUCAAGGGUAACAGAGAGACGCAGGUGCAUCAACGACGGGCAGGUGACACACAGCCUUUUAUUAUAAAGCUACUACAAUAGGCCUGUAAUUGUUACACAACUUUUCCUGUAGCCUGUAGAAGUGAGGUCUGAUCUCCUGUCUAUCCGUCUGUGUGUUAGUCUGGACUGUACGCUAUCUGCUGCACUCAAGGGACCAUCCUACAUAUAUGUUCUAUGCACAUUUACACCAAAACUAAUGCCGACCACUAGUCGACAUACAUACAUGUAAAUAAAAGUGCGCAGCUGGGCUACAUGUGUACACACAUAACGGCGAAUGUUGUGAGCUCUCCAUACCAAAUAUUUCCCCAAAGCUGUCUACCAGAGAGACGGACGACGAUACAGAAGCUUCAGAAGAGCACAGAGCUUGUUACAGUACUUCUGUCAGAUUAUUUGCAUCAAAACAAGAAGCCGGAGGAAGAUCAUGUUUGUUCCUUUGCCGGUGCCGUUCGUGUUUCAGAGAACUGCCCCUGACCUCAACGCCUGGCGCCUCAAGUCCCCUCUGGCUCUCCGCUCCAACUCCGAUAUCAGGAUGUCAAAGGCACUAGAGGUGGAGAAAGCGGGGGCUGACUCACCACUGGAGGGCACAGACUCAGAGCGGAAUGGACCUGAAUCGAAUCACCAGGCUCAGUCAAUGAAAGUCAAUCCCUUUCCUCUUUCACCAUCACUGAGCAGCAGCAAGAAUAAGAUGGAGGAGUGCGGUGAGAUGUCCCCGGCCCUUCCUCUCUCUCACGGCCCGACCCCCUCACAGACGGCCCUGCAACAUACACAGCUCAUGCUGACCGGCUCCCAGCUAGCAGGGGAUAUCCAGCAGUUGCUGCAGCUUCAGCAGUUGGUGUUGGUUCCCGGCCACCCGCUCCCGUCUCCCACCCAGUUCCUCCUCCCGCAGGCACAGCAGGGCCAGCAAGGACUCCUAUCGACACCAAAUCUUAUUCCGCUACCUCAGCAAAACCAAGGGACCCUGCUGUCUGCUCCAACUAGAAUGGGACUCCAAGCACAGCUACAGCGAGAUAAGAGUAUGGAGGUGAGCGGCGGUGGAGGCAUGACCACGGUACCCUCAGUGACCUCUCACCCCGAGGAGCCCAGUGACCUGGAGGAGCUGGAACAAUUCGCCCGCACUUUCAAACAGAGACGCAUCAAACUAGGCUUCACACAGGGAGAUGUUGGCUUGGCCAUGGGGAAGCUGUAUGGCAAUGACUUCAGUCAGACCACAAUCUCCCGCUUUGAAGCCCUCAACCUGAGCUUUAAGAACAUGUGCAAGCUGAAGCCACUGCUGGAGAAGUGGCUCAAUGAUGCAGAAACCAUGUCCAUAGACAGUACCCUACCCAGCCCCAGCUCCCUGUCCUCCUCCUCUCUGGGCUUCGACGGCGUUCCUGGUCGCCGCAGAAAGAAGAGAACCAGCAUCGAAACAAAUGUACGCGUGGCCCUGGAACGCGCAUUCAUGACGAACCAGAAGCCUACCUCAGAAGAGAUACUGCUGAUCGCAGAGCAGCUCAACAUGGAGAAGGAGGUGAUCCGGGUCUGGUUCUGCAACCGCCGGCAGAAAGAGAAACGCAUCAAUCCCUCCAGUGCUACCCCUCCCCUGACCAGCCAGCCCCCUUCUGCCCCUCCAACGCACAAACCACCCUGCUACAGCCCUCACAUGAUGUCUAGCCAGCUGUCGCAGGCUGUGACCAGUCUCAGCACAACAGUGACAACCAUGUCCCCCGUCUGCCCCCUGACUUCCAGCCUCACCUCCACCCACCCCUCCCUCAGCUCCACACCCUCCCCAGUGACUCCUCCUCCUCCUCCCCGCAGCACGGCCAGCCCAGCCACUCCCAGCCACAGCACACUCAACCUUAACACAGGCUUAUGGCGUAUGGGUAAAAAGAAUGGUGACGUGUCUAACUACAUCACCGAUUUUGCUGCAAACUUGAGGAACACUGUGAUGGGAGUAAACACAGGGAUGAACCAAGCCCUCCUAGGUAACAAUCCCCUGGCCACUAUCCAAGCCCUAGCAGCCAGUGGUGGCCAGCUGCCUCUUUCCAGUCUUGAGGGGGGUAGUAAGGUGAUGCUGGGGGCCUCUGGGGGCCAGGGAGGGGGCCUCCCCUCCUCCCUCUUCCUCAACCACCCCGCCUUCCUUCACAUGGGCCAGAACCCUGGCGCUGGACUGCUCAGCGCUGCCAUAGCCAAAGCCUCCCAGCCGUCCCCCUUCCCCUCGGCCAGCAGCAUCAGCCCCACCCUCUGCUCCCCCUCCCCCUGCUCCAGCCCCGCCUCUUCCUGCUCCUCCAGCGAAAUGGCACACAGCCCGCCCUCUCUGGGCGGAGCCAAGAUUGAGUGACCACGCCAAGGGCCAAUCAGAGAGGAGGAGGAAGGAGGAAAGAGAACCUCGCCUUUCACACCAAAGCUAUCUCUUUCUCUCUCUUACGCUCUUCUUCCGUUAUUUUUUUCGCAAUGGCUCUCUCUCUCUUUCUCUCCCAGUCUUUCGAUGCCAAAAAUACACAUAAUGAAAGAGGAGAGAGGGAGGGAAAGAAGUGAAAGAGGGGAGAAGGGGGGAAAGGGGAAGAUUGAAACCAAAAAUCUUUAUCUAUCCAAACAGAUGGGGAGGAGGCAACGUGGGACCUUUUGUCAAUAACGCGUGAUAUCGACAUGAUGCCUCUCCACUCUUUCGCUCUGAAGGAAAACAGACCAAUGACUCUUUAACAAAGAGAUGAAAGAGACGGAGAUGCAUGUCGGAGUGCAUAAACCAAAAAUGACAAAAGAUAACUUUACUAUGUGACAAAGGAAUGGCGGCAAGGACAAAAAAUGGAGAGGAGGACUGUUAGGUUUUCCUUUUUUUUUAUUAUUUCGAAAAGCUGCGGGUCUGAAGGAAGAGGAGUAGGGAGGAUAAGUUUAAACCAAAAAUUUACCUGAGGAGGAGGCGGAGGAGGAAUACACAAUGACAAAAAAAAAACGACAACCAUACCAAAAUCCCAAAUACCAAAAACCAAAAAUACGGAGAGAAAAGCUUUAUUCAAAGGACGUGUAAAUACUGAAGCUAUCCAGGACCAGGACUCUAUUGCUACUGCUACUCACACACAUACAAACACACACACAUCAAGAGCCACUCCAUUCUGCCAUUGACUCAUCCUGUCUGUGUCAGCUCAUGUGUCUCCCGUAGAUUUUCAUGCUAGAUAUUUUGGAUAAUUUUGUAAAAGAUUGUUACCGAGCAAGUGAAGAGCUCAUGUAUGAAUGAAUGCCAGUACUACUGUACCUUCAUGUGUUAGUCUCUUUACCUACCUCUGGUUCUGAGAGCAUAGAAUAGCUUUCCUCUCUCUUUUUUGUUUCAGAUUUCCUUGACAGAGGCUUGUUAUUCAGUAUCUAUUUUUUACAUUUUGAAAAGUACAGUUGGGAUUUGUUAUUUGAUUAUUUAUUAGUGUCAUUUUACAAUCCAGCUCCUAUUUAUUGUUGCAGGUUUUUUUAGUGUCAGCUUUUGAGGUUUGAAUCAUAAUCAGUGUCAUCAUCAUUGUCUUCAUCAUCUGUUUUUGUGUUGUCAAUGUGCAUUCUUUUUGUUUUUAAUGUGACUCUUCUGCAAGAACAGAGAUGAUGACGGUGAAAAAGAUACUCAUUUCAGUUGUCACCAAGUGCCACAGAUCCAAAAUAGAGUUGGCAAUGCGAGUUGAUUUCAAGGUCUGAAUGAAUUUAUUAAGACCUAAACAUGGGGCAUUUUGUGCUCUUAAUCAGACCACUCUUUCCUCACUCGCACAAGAUACCCCAUUAUUGAUGACUCCAUGGCUAAAUGAACAUGCCCUGAAAACUUCACACACUGAAAAUGACAUUGGUUAAGAGUGCCGACCACUUUUAAAGUAUGAAAUAGGGGCUGUGAUUGGAGAUAUAAAGUAAUAACUGUUGAGACUGAACGCUAAAUUAGUUAAUAAAGCCAAGUUUAGUCACA